GUCAGGGGGACAGCCGCCUGCAGCAGCACCUGCAGCACCUGCACCAGCAGCAGCAGCUGCGGCACCGGCGGCCGCGUCGGCUCGCAAGAUGUCGUUGCAUGUGGGUCUAUCUGAAGCAGAAGGGGAGCUGGUCUCCGGCCCGCUGGUAGCCGUGCAGACCUCCCUCAUGAAGGACACCGCGGUGUGGACCCGCGGCAUCUACUCCACCCCGCUGAUCAUCCCCGCGGUACUGCGCUGCUGCCUGCUGCUGUCCGACCGGCUGGCGGCGCUGCAGCUGGUGGUAGCGGACACGCCCCCGCCCGUGUCGGGGCGGCUGAGCGGCUGGGCGUUCGCAAAGUCGGUGCUGCCGCUGCACCGAGAGAUGACGGCCAUGUUAGAGGCCCUAGACCGGCUUGCUGCCGGCACUGCUCGCCUGCUUGACCCGCUGAAGCCCUCAGCCGUGGCACGGCAUGAGCAGCAGGGGCAGGGACAGGGGCUGAAGGGCGGGGAGGGCGACGCGGCAGCAGCGGCAGCGGCGGCCGAGGCAGGCGGUGCUGCUGCCGGUGCUGCCGGCGGUGGUGGUGGGGAGGACGGUGGUGACAGCUACGAGGGCGAUGUGGCCAGGUUGGAGGCUGCGGUGAGGGAGCUGGAUGAACGGCGGCUGCAGAUCCGGCAGCACAUCCACGACAUGCGCCGCGCCUUCCACGCCAGCGUGCUUGCGCUGGACGAGCAGCAGCUGCCGGCCGCCACCCACCCCGACGACACCACCCACGUGAACGCCACCAUGUAUGCACUGGUCAAGGUGCUUGAUAAGGCAACCAAGACGGCGCGCACGGCACUGGAGUUCAGGAGGGGUAAGGAGAAGCGAGGUAGUGCUUGGUUUGCUGUGAGCCGGGGGUGAAAAUGCAGGCGGCCGUCGGGGCAGAGGGGAGCUGCUGGUUGGUUGGUUGGUUGGGUUUGGUGCGGCUAUGAAACCUACCGGUGGUUAGGCUUGAAGCCGUGUGUGGUGUGCCUUGUGUGUUAAGAAAACUGGCAGCGAGUGAUAACAUACUGGAUCUGGUAUCUGGACCUGUGUGGUGUGGUGUGGUGUGGUGUGGUGUGGUGUUGAGGGACGUGCGGCAGUACCGGAAGGAGUGGAGUUGUGUGGAGAGCGGAGCGGAGAGGCGGAUGAGUGUGUGUGAGGUGAUUGACGUCAUGCGCGCUUGUGUGUUGACUGUUGGGAGAACUAGCCGCUUGUGUGUGCGUCUAGUAGUGUAGGAGUGAAGAGGGGAUUCUUUCUUGGGUGCAGUGAGUCAGCAUGCGUCGUCAUGGGGUAGGGGUGGCGCGUUACACAUACACGCGUACUGUAGCCUUAGAUUGCGGCAUAUUUAAGUAUUUGAAGAAGGUUCAGGCAGUUUUGCUUGCUAUGCAUUGCGGACGUGCCGUGCCGGGCGGGUUUGCGACAUUCGUAUUGUCGUGUUACCAGUGGCGGUUGUUUGGUGUAUUCUCUGUGUUCCGAAGUAGUAGAUGAGCCAGGCCAAUCAGCGGACGUCUGUGUAGGCUAGGCCGGAGACUUUCAUUCUCAGACGGGCACAUGGGUUAUUGGUGACCUGGAAAUUGUUAAGCGACUGUUACGCUCGAGGAGGAUGGAGAAGGCGCGGAGAGCGGAGUGCGAAUGAGGUGGGGUGGAGUGGAGUGAGGGUGGUGGAGUGGGCUUGCGUGGGGGAGCGGUUGGAUGAUGGCGGUGAGGAGCGACUAGGGAGCAGGAGGAGGGGCAGUGGAAUGUGCGGUCGGAGCUGCCAGAAGAAAAGGGAGGUACGGCUGACGCCCUGACGAAGCCUGAGCUGCAUGCUGCCUGAGAUAGGUAUAGACUGAGCUGCGUGUUGUGCGGGGAGUGCUUUGCGCUGGGGGGGCCUGCGAGAUUGUAGGGUUUGUAGGCAUGUAGGGUUACUCGUGACGGGCGUGAUGACCACUCGGAGCAGGUGCCUUGCGUAGAGCACUGUUAACCUGUUGUGUCGGACGGACGCAACAAUAACACGACUGCGAGUAUCGAGUGUUUUUGAACGUUAUUGAACGUGUUCAUGCCGUCGGACGGACUGGGGCCUAGCGCCGUGAGGCAUGGGGCCCUGCAGUACGGUACGACAACGGAAUGGGGGCAGCUGCUGCUGCUGAGGGACAGAGGCAGCCAACAGCUGCUGGAAGAGGGCUAGUC